UUACCAUUUUAAUUAGUAGUACAAUUUCAAUGAAAAUCUACAGCUAAUAGUUGAUGAGAUAAAAGUGUAGGAACUGUGAAAGGAACCAAAGUAGUGAUAGAAUAUGGGGAUCGAAGUUGUAGUUCAAGCAAUUAUUAUACAAUAAAUAUAAAUAUGAAAGAAGAUUUUUUUUUCUCCUUUUUUUUUUUUUUUUGGGAGAGCUGUAGCACGUUAGCUUGCUUUUUCAUCCUACUCAUAGCAUGUAAUAAAAGUGAGUAGAAAUUUGGAAAGUCAAAGAGAGUUGAAAGUCUGGUGGCAGCAGCAGCCCUAUAAAAAUGGAUAGGGAAGAGAGCAAUGAGGUGUGGGAGGCGUUGGCAUAAGCGAAGAGACGGAAGGAAAGAAAAGUUGGAAACACGAUGGCCAUAGGUUGCGGCUCAAAAGGGAGUAAUCUGAAGAAUGGUGUCAUAGCAUUACUGGUUCCGCUUCCCUCCAUUCUGUUUUACCUCUGUUUCCUCAGCAACUGUGGUGACGGUAAUUGUAGCGGUAGUGGUCUCUGGAAAUGGUGCUAUCACCAUCCUCUUUUGUUGGUGAAUGCACUCUUCUUUCUCAAUGUCAACCUUGUCUUCUGGCUCAUCAGCCAUGUCCUGUCCAGUCACUGGAUGAUCGACCUGUACUGGACUUUGAUACCCGUGAUGCUGGUUCACUAUUUUGCUUCUCACCCUUUAGCUGAGUAUAAUGAGUUGAGGUCGUGGGCGGCAGUUGCUUUGACUUGGAUAUGGAGCAUAAGGCUUUCCCACAACUACUUGAGGCGGGAGGGAUGGCAGUUGGGAGCCAGAGAGGACUGGAGGUUCACAGAUAUGCGGCGACAGUACGGAAAGAAUUGGUGGUGGGUUUCUUUCUUCGCCGUCUACCUUUCACAGCAGGUAUUUCUGAUGGGCGUAUGCCUGCCUCUGUACGUUGUCCACUCAGUCGAGGAAGGAUUGAAGUUGUGGGAUUUGGUAGCUAUCUUUGUGUGUGGUUCUGGAAUUGGGAUGGCCUACUUUGCGGACACCCAGCUGCAUGAAUUCGUGAGCAGGAACAGGAAGCUGAAAAUAAGUGGAAAAUCGAUGGUGCCCAAUCUUCAGGAGGGAUUGUGGCGUUACUGUCGACACCCAAACUACUUUGGAGAGCAGUUGUGGUGGUGGGGGCUUGGGAUAUUGGGUUGGGGUUUAGGUCAGGGAUGGUGCCUUGCAGGAUCGCUGCUCAACACUAUGUGCUUAGCUUAUGUAACCAAAUUGGUUGAAGACCGAAUGGUGAAGCAACACUACAGAGCAGAAGCUUACAGGCAAUAUCAGAAGACUACAUCAGUGUGGAUACCUUGGUUCAGGACAUCACUUCAUCACAAGGAAUAGAAUAUGCGACUUCACUUGUACCCUUUUUUUCCCAAUGAAUUGUCAAUUGUGGAUGCAUUGAGCUGUGUUGUUUUAUGUUAUCUCGUUGUAAUUGUAACCCUUUCUCACGUGAAUUAUAACAAAGAGUAAGGUUUUAUCCGUUGUCUAUUAUAUCAAUAAAACCACUUUUGUCUUGUUUUCUUCGAUUGCUCUCUCU